AUGAAAUAUAAUAAUAAUAAUAACACGAUGGCGGAAAUCAUACCACAUAAAAUAGCCGCUGUCGGUAAUUUUCUUUUUGGUGACACUUCUGUGCAGAAUGUUCUUUUCGGCAUGGCAAUUUCAUGGCUGAUUCUCGCUCUGUACGGCCUGUACUAUUUAUUUAAGAGGUCUCGUGAAGUUAUGGCAUCCACCAUGGCUCCUUUUAUUAUUUUUAUGGAUUAUUUAACGGACGGUGCGACAGCAGGCUACGACAAGCCGCUCAUGAGUCUUCUCCACCCGGAAUUGCUUGAGAACGUGGUGGAACGUGGCUUGAUUCGGGCAAUGGCGCGGUGUCUCUGCAAACAAUUUGGAAAAGUUGAGCACAUCCCCCGCGACACCGUCAUGAUGAGGAGCAGAUGUGAUGAUGUGAACUUUGUAGCCCUUGUGGACUUUCAGCAUGCAAAGCGGGUGAAGUGCCGCAUGUCAUGGAGAUGGCGCUCAUCCGGGGAUGUCUUUUUCCAGAAGGCCGGCUUAGUGAGAAGUUUUUACAUCACCGGCUUUCUUGUGGAGCCCCGACCAGAGGAGCAGUUUGACGUGCUAAAUUUUCUGCACACGGAGGACUUUGUGCCAUUUGCGGAGUCGUUUGUGGAGAAGUUGUUUGAGCAAUCGCCAAAGGCGGCGGUGAUGAUGAUGGUACCGGCACUUCAGGAACGUUACAUGACGGAUCUGGAAAAGCUGCAGCGUAGUAUUGAACGUGUAUGCGGUAUAUCGCAGGGGUCAAAGCGAGAGGUAGACGCGAAACUUGUGAGCGAAGUCAUCCUGCGAGCCCCUGCGUUAUCGAAACCCCCAGGUGAAAACACAGACCGUGAGAGCGGCGACAGGGAUGGCGGUGUUGUUGGCGGUGGUAGUGCUACUGCCGCUGCUGCUGCAAACGACGAUAGCGGCGAAAUGAAUGAAAAAGAGGCAGCGAAAACGGCUGUGCGUGGGAUUGAAAUGCGAUUUGUAGUGAAUGGCGUUGGGCGGCGGGAGAUGGAGGUGACAGUGGUACUUUCAUUUAGCGGCCUUCGAUGUUAUGUGAGUCGCUACGAAGUACGCGCUCGUCCAGAUCCUCGGACACAAGUCCUGCUCGAUCACGACACUGGGGAAAGGACUAUUGUGACCUGA